AUGACUGAACCGCUGCCCAGAAACGACUAUGAGGCGUUCAUCCCUGGCCUCUUGCACUGGGUUUCCUAUUGCAACAACGGAGCUGAGGCAGCCAAAGAGGUCUUGCCGCUAACGGUCGCUGGCGCAACCGUGGGUUAUGUGAGGCCUGAGUUUGCAAAGCGACACUUGCAGCAAUUCCCGGAUGUCUUCCAGGCCAGCUCCAGCGGCAGCAUCCAGGUGCACCCCCAGCUGGCCACCCAGCAGGCGCGCACGGCAGCCAUCGCGGCAGUCCUGGAGCAGCUGCGAGAAGAAGGCGUGAUAGACGGCUGGCGCAACGAGCUGUACCCCGCGGUGCAGUCCUUUCAUGACGAGCCGGCCUUUCUGCUGGAGCGGGCGGCUGCGCCACACUUUGGCAUCAAAGCAUAUGCAGGCGUGCACAUCAACGGCUAUGUGAGGCUUCCCGACGGCGGCCUGGAGCUGUGGGUGGCGCGGCGCAGCCGCACGAAACCGACGUGGCCUGGGAAACUCGACCACAUUGCUGCCGGCGGGCAGCCGCAUGGCCUGAGCUGCCAGGAAAAUGUGGUCAAGGAGUGCCAGGAGGAGGCCAGCAUCCCGCCCGAGCUUGCAGCCAAGGCCAUCGCGACAGGGGCAGUCAGCUACACUUCGCUGCAGGCGGCAGGACUGAAGCGUGACGUGCUCUUUUGCUACGACCUGGAGCUCCCGCUAGACUUUGUGCCGCACCCACAGGACGGAGAGGUGGAGGAGUUCAUGAGGCUGCCGAUACACAGAGUGGCAGAGCUGAUAACCACCACAGAUGAGUUCAAGGAGAACUGCACUCUGGUCAUCUGCACCUUCCUCAUUCGGCACGGCUUUCUCACUCCAGACAUGCCGGGAUAUUUGCACCUGCUUCGGCGCCUUACAAGCGGGGAUUGCAGUUGA